UCUGAGGCUCUGAGCCAACAUCAGAUCAUCGUCACCAUCAGGCCGCUCCGCCACACAACAACGUGGUCCUGCUGGUCCUGGGCACGCCUUACACGGGUCACCUGAACCAGAGAGGCUCGCCGCGGCCCAAAACAACAACAGCACAAGAGAGGCAAGAGGAAAGCACAUACCUCAAGUUAUGGGUGUAAGGUCAAGAAAGAAGUCUCGUAACAAGUCCCGAUAUCGCAUCGCCUCUAAGAGACGCAAAGCAAGUGCAAAGAGAAAGAUUAACCCAAACAUAGAAUGUUCAGCCGUGCGGGCAGAAUGGGACAAAAGAAAACCAGCCUCCACCAAUGUGUCUAACAUGGGGCUUGUCUACAACCUAAGCAAGAUUGGUUUAUCAGGAAUUAAGUCUACUCGAGAAGCACUCUUAGGUGGAAGGUCCAAGACAGGUGGAAAACCAACAACAGCUGUGAAACAGCUGGAGGAGGAAGUGUGCAGUAAAGCUCAGAGUGAGAAGCCUGGCAUUCGCCUCACUAAUGCACAGGUGGAGUAUGCCACUGCCAUGCUGGACAAAUACGGUGAUGACUACAAGGCAAUGACAAGAGAUCCUACCAACUAUUUCCAGGACACCUCAAAGCAAAUUGAAAGAAAGAUAAAACUGUUUACAGACAAUCCAAGAUACUUUGUGCCAUACUUGAGGAAGAAGGGGAUGCUCAAGUCAUAGCUUUGAAACUAAUGUAAAUGUCUUGAGUUUGCAAGUUUUUGUUGUAUCAAUAUUCUGAUGCAUAUUUCUUAUUAUAAUUUAAUAAUUCUGAAUUUUGUGGUUAUCUCCAGAGAAAUGCUUCCUCUGAUGACAGUAUCAACAGUUGAGGUAGACUUGCAUCCCUUGUGUAAGUAAUGAUAUUGUUAUUGUCAUUGAAUAUUGAUUUAUUGCAAGAGAGAAGCAAUCCCACUGAAAUUCCUUUUGUCAGUAACUUUUUAAUUAAAGAGAGUGCCUUCUUUUUCAAGUUAGUAUUAAAUAGAAUAAUAUUGUGCUUUUUAGCAUGAUACAGCAAUAAUCAGACCUGUAUUUCACUCAGAAUAUUAUCUUCUUGCAAUAAUCACUGUUUUCUGUUAUAUUCUGUUUUAUUCUGACUUUUUCAAUGAGAUUUGAUUAAAUAUUUGAAUUGUACAAAGGCAGUGGCUUGCAUAAUUUUCCACCAAAGAGAUGGAAGAGACUUCUGCAGAAAACUUGUUGCUCUGAGGCCAAGAAAAUAUCAGACUAACACCAAAAGCACCUAAUAGAAGGGAGAAGAGAAAGCAGAUAUUUAAGUGAGCAAAGUGAUGACUUGUGUCCUGGCAGCCUUUAAGUUAUGAUCAUAUAUAAUUUCUGAGAAUAAAUCAUAGACUGUGUAAGGUAGCACAUGUGAUGGUGCCUUGUGCUGCCAUCACCUGUGAGUGACUACUAUCCAUUCUAGGAAGGGACCAGGUGCCUAUUAACAAUGCCAUGAAAAAUAAUAUCCCUGAACAUUUUAUAAAUUAUAUCUCAUAAUAGAUCUUGUUAUGUUACCAAUACAUACACAUGCCAUUAUGUAAAAGUUAAGUUGCUGAUUUCUCAGAACAUGUUAUUUAUGUAAACUUCUUUCAGGCAGUCUAAAUAUGAACCAAUUAUAAAAAGUAAUGUAUCUCCAGAAAGAGCAUUGAAACAUGAAAGAGAUUUAUGGAACAAAAUACAUUUAUAAAAAAAUAA